GCAGGUCAAGGGAACGCAUCGUCUAUCUUUACCAUAGAAAUAGUAUCUUAAGAUCUUUACUAACUAAAGAUCACAGUGUACUAUAAAGCAACGCCACCUAGAUAAUAGGUGGUAGGUGGCGUUGACUAAAGAUACAGAGCUAAACAAAUCGUAAUUCAGAACUUGACAUUGAAAUUAAGACGAAAGUGGCAUUAGGUAUAAUAGUAACCUGUCCAAAACGGUCACUGUUAACUCUCAGGAGUGGGACAUGAAACCAAAGUGGGAAAUUUGAAUUAACAUUUCUUGAAAUAGUCGUUGGAUGAAGUUUUUGAAGCUCUUAAAUGGUUUAAAUAUAUUAAUAUAAUAAUUUUUUUUAACAUGAAUAUUCCGAUCAGGACAAGAACAGCAUUUCAUUCCCAACCUGCACAACAUUUGUUAAUUGAUGUGGGAAAUCCCAUGACUCCUCAAAUUCUGAGAUUCAUUAUUGAGGCUGUUGCGAAUGUUAUAACUCUAGCAAAUUCAAUGUAUGGUGGUGUACGCGUACCUGAGUUUGGGAUGUCAUUUAUAAACAUCAACUAUUGCAAUGUUUUGCAAUUUGUGCAUGUUCGUGGAAAUCUUCCCAAAAUUAAUAAAUCUUUCAAGUCUCUUGAAGAUAUGGUGAGAAGUAAUGAAAAGAGUACUUUUCAACAUUUUAUUGACAAUCUCAAGUUUGCAAUUUGUAAGAUACUGGAAGAAUAUGGUUUGAAACAUAAUGUUGGAAGUACUUCCAGAGAAAAACCUAUCUCACAAUUUGUUGUUAUUACAAUAGUAACACUCAGGGAUGGAUCAAAAAUUCAAGAGUACUUGGAAGACAUAGUGAAAAGUUUUUCUAUAGAGAAACUUAAAAAAAUUCAUAUACUUCAAAUAACUGAAUCAAUCAAUGAUUUGACUAAAAUUGGCGUUCUAGUUGAUCAUACCCAAAUAACAUUAAACAGUUUCAAAUUAGAGCAGUUUUUUAAAUUAUGGUUAUUAGAUUGUGAUACAAGCCAAGAACAUAUCUGUAUUCAUUUUAAUAACUGCAACAAUAGUAGGAAAAAAAUUGUAAUUAAAUGUGAUGUAGUGGACAGUGUAAUUAACCCCUUUCUCCUACCACUUGGUCAUUUUUACCAAAUCCAAACAGAUUAUUUCAAAGGAAGUGGUGUAAUAAAAUUUCCAGAGAAACACAUACCAGUGUACAAUUUAACUAUUACAAAAAGAAUUUCUGGCAGUGGAGUGUGUGAAUCAUUACUAUUUGGGCUUCCACAAAAAUUAUCACCAACAAAAUGCUGGCAGUUAGAAGGGAAUGAUUCUACAAUAAAUCAAUUGAAUUUUUAUGCAUUAUGUAAGCAACUACUAGAUAAAAAUGAAUAUUUAUUGGCAAUGUCUACAUAUUCUCAGGAAAAUAUCAGCAUGCCAGGUCACUAUAUACUUAUUCCAGGAAAAGACACAUUAUUGCUAAGGGCAGUAGCUUCUUCUGAAUUAGUACUGCCAAAUAGAAAGAUUGAUUUACUGCAAACUAAUGAUGAAUUGUCUCAAAACAUUAGAGAUAAUAUAGAUAUUACAUUUAAUGAAUUGCCAUUAAUUGAAGAUUUCACACCAGACACUGUUUCUUCAAAUUUAUAUUUGAAUUUAAAAAGUAAUUUUUCUAAAAAAAUGGAGUGGAAUGAAGAAGCUGUAAUGAAAAAUAGCAAUGUGGAUCAUCCAGCGUUGGACUUUCAAAGAACAAAAUUGUGUCUCACAAGGAAGCGACGUUUAUUGUAAACAAAUACAUUAAGUUCACAAGAUCAGAAGAAAACUAGAAUCAUUGCACAGAAAGGCAGACUACACUUCAUAAAUAAUAUUUAACUGACACUUAGAAGCAUUGUAUACAAGAGUACAUUUCACAUUUUGGUGACUAUGUUAACAAAGAAAUUUUACUGUAUAUUGUAAAAAAUACAAGAGAUAAAGAAGAUACAAAAUGCUAUGUAAUAAGAUCAAAUCCAGCCCUUUUCUCUGUUAUAAAUUUAUGCCACUCAUGAGCAAGAAGAUAAAAUGGUUCUUCAAUUCCAUAGUUUUCUUUUGCAGAUCCUUCAAAGUACUGAAGGCCUAAACGUUCUGCUAAUGAUGCUCCAGCUUUAGGGCUAACAGUUCUCCUUUCUUUAAGAUCUGUCUUAUUGCCAAAUAAAACUCCUGGGGCAUUUGAUGCACCUCUCACUGGAAUUGAAUUACGUACCAUGGAUACCCAACGUCCAACAGAAUCAAGGGAAAUCUGUGAUGUCACAUCAUAAACAGCCAAUAACAUAUUUGGUUCAUGCCAAUAUUUAGGUAGAUAAUCAGCAUACAAAUCUCUCCCUGAUGAAUCAUACAAAAAAAGUUCAACUACAUCAUCAGUAUCUGGUAUAGACACAGUUCGUAUUCCCAAUUCCACUCCACAAGUCUGAUUAUAAUUCUUAGGGAAAUUUCUUCCGUCAGAAAUAAACAUUUGCGUUACUGCUGUUUUCCCGACAGUUGAAUCACCCACAAUAGCACACUUGCUUCUCAAUAUAUUAGGCAUUUUUCUCAAAAAAAGUAACGCUUUAACUACUGCAGAAUAUACAUUUGAGACGUUUCUUUGAAGGCAAACACUCUGUUUGACAUUUGUGUACAGUAGUAUUGGCAUUCGUGUUGCUAAGCAACGUGAUGGUAACUUCACACAGAUGCUUCAUAUUUCAACAAGUAACGCGAAAAUUUCAACAGCAAAGAAAAAUAAAAGAAUGUGAAAUACGCCGCGCUCAAGAAAUGAGAACGGAAAUUAUAUGUAGUCAGAAAAGCGCCUUUAAAAUAAUCUAAGGAUGGGUGACAAUUUGUGAAAAAAAAUAACUUUUAAAGUCUAAUUAAAUAAAGCAAAAUGUAAAAAUAAAAAUUCAAUUUGAUUGAAACCCAAUCGAACCCAAUACUCCGCAUUCCGUCAACAGGUGGCGUGCAAGGUAUUGUUGUAAUGAGUCAUCGAAGGGUCAGCCACAAUCAGCGUAACAAAAUAGUACCACAAAUGAGACUAAAUAAUUCUUUAAAAUUCACAUUUUUAUGUUUUUAAUUACUGGAACAUGUAAUUGAAAGAUAUAUGGAUUUAUAUACUAUACCUCUUCGGACUAAUCCAACACAUUCCUACACUACAUAGUGCGAAUGAAUACCGUUCAGGUUAAUAACACCGCCUUCAAUAAAAUCGGGGUGUGAGGCGUCUUCACGCGUCGUGGAUGUUGCAUUGGCGCGGAUGAAGAAUCUUACCACCCUUUGUUUUGAUUUGUGAUUAUUGCUGUGUUUUAGAAAAAAAAUCAUCUGUGUUUUUGUGAACUCUUAGGUAACUAGUGCUGAAGCCUCGUAUGUAUAUCAGAGAAUAUAUUCGUGAGUGAUCUCACUGCAGCCGGUUUCUGAGCGCUGUGCAUGAAAUGGGAAGGGCGGGUUGAAGGUUUGACGUAGGCAGGCAUUGCUGUCUACUUGCUUACUUUUUUGAGUUGAUUAGAUGUACGUGCUGGACCACAUCAGACCGCACUGAAAUUUUCGUGUGUGCAAACAAAGGUCUUUUAUAUGCAGUAAUAAAAGUGCGCUUUGACAGGUACAUUCGUUAUAUUUAUAUACAUAUUGGUUUCUAACCUCUGUGCUACCUUCACAGUAAACAUGUUAAAGUUCAUAAGAGGAAAAGGGCAGCAACCAUCUGCUGAAAGACAGAAACUUCAAAGAGAGCUGUUUGCCUUCAGGAAAACCGUGCAACAUGGUUUUCCCAACAAACCCACAUCUUUAGCAUGGGAUCCUGCGUUGCGCCUUCUUGCAGUGGGGACCGCAUCAGGAGCCAUAAAAAUAUUUGGCAAGCCAGGUGUUGAAUUUUAUGGCCAGCAUUCUAAUCAUGAAUCUGCAGUGACAAAGAUUGUAUUUGUUCCAAAUGAGGGCCGUUUGGUUUCUCUAUGUGAUGAUAACUCCCUUCAUUUAUGGGAGGUAAAUGGAAGUAUCCUGGAAGAGGUAAAAGAACAUUCUUUGGAAGGAAAAUUAAAGAAAAUAUCUGCCUUGUGUCUUGAAUCUGCAAGAGAGCACCUCCUACUUGGAACUGAAGGAGGAAACAUUUAUUUACUUAAUUUGAAGACUUUUAAUAUGUCAGAGACAAUCAUAUAUCAAGAUGUGGUGAUGCAAAAUGUUCCAGAAGAUUACAAAAUUAAUCCAGGAGCAGUAGAAGCAAUUGCAGAGCAACCUGGUUGCCCUGAUAAGAUUCUCAUUGGAUACAACAGAGGCUUGAUGGUUUUGUGGGAUAGGAAAGCUCCUGGUGCUGAUCAGACUUAUAUUAGUAGCCAACAGCUGGAGAGUAUUUGCUGGCAUAAGAGUGGUUCUCGGUUUACAUCUUCACACAAUGAUGGCAGUUAUGCUGUUUGGGAUGUUGGUGUCGGUGAAAAACCUUUAGAAGAGCCCAACACUAUAUAUGGUCCUUUCCCUUGCAAAGCAGUUACAAAAUUUUUGUGGAGACAAUCAAAAGGUGAUGAUUACAUCUUGUUUGCUGGGGGUAUGCCUCGAGCAAGUUACAGUGACAGACAUGCUAUAACUGUACAACAAGGGAAGAAACAUGUGGUGUUCGAUUUUACUUCAAAAAUUGUAGAUUUUUUCACAAUCGCCAUUGAAGGAGAAGACCCAGAAUUUGGUGAACCCGAUACACUUAUUGUGUUAUUGGAGGAAGAGCUUGUUGCUAUUGAUCUUCUUUCAGAAGAUUGGAAAAUGCUAUCUUUGCCAUAUUUAGUGUCAUUGCAUGCUAGUGCUGUCACUUGUUCUCAGCACAUUUCAAAUGUUCCUGUACAGCUUUGGGAAGAUAUUAUUUCUGCAGGAAAGAAGCAAGUUCAAGAUUUAUAUAGUACAAGGGAGUGGCCUAUAACUGGCGGUGUGAUCUUAUCAGAAAAGGAGAAUGGAAAAGAAGAUAAUAAUGAAGAACCUGAAGUCACCCGAAAUUUAUUAUUGACUGGACAUGAAGAUGGUACGGUUCGCUUUUGGAAUGCAAGUGGGAUAGCUCUUCAGCCUUUAUAUAAAUUUGCUUCUGCUGGUCUAUUUAGUGGUGAUGAAAUAGGUGGUGAUGGAAGUAAUGGCGUUGCUGAUGAUGAUGAAGAAGAAUGGCCACCGUUUCGAAAAGUUGGAACAUUUGAUCCAUACUCGGAUGAUCCUCGUUUAGCUGUCAAAAAAGUAGUUCUGUGCCCUUUAACAGGUACUCUUGUUGUGGCUGGUACUGCAGGAUCUGUCAUUGUUGCGAAAAUUGGUUCCGAACAAGUUGAAAAAGAAGUUAAGGUGACUACAAUGAAUGUAGUGUCGGAUCGUGAUGGUUUUGUUUGGAAGGGUCAUGAUCAACUGACUCCAAGAAGUGGAAAUAUUUCUUUACCUCCUGGCUUUCAGUCGUCAGCCAUUUUACAACUUCAUCCACCUGCUGCUGUGACAGCUUUGGUUUUGCAUUCAGAAUGGGGCCUUGCAGCAGCUGGCACUGCACAUGGAUUGGCUCUAUUUGAUUUUGUUAGACACAAAGGUGUUCUCACUAAAUGCACACUUAAUCCUAAUGAUUUGUCAGGUGCUGGUGAUGCUCCCAUAUCAAGACGUAAAUCUUUCAAGAAAUCAUUACGUGAAUCAUUCAGACGUUUAAGGAAAGGUCGUUCCACAAGACAUGCAGAUAAAAGAGGAACUGGGACAUCCCCAACAGCUGAAAAGAAAAGAGAUGGUGGUGGAGAUGCAUCAACACCUUCCUCUGCACCUUUGAGUCCAGUUGAACCGAAACCUGUGGAAAGGCAAGUUGAAGCUAGACCGGUGGAUGAUGGCCAAGGAAGUAUGGUGCGAUGUCUUUAUUUUGCCAGAACAUAUAUCAUAAGUGUUCAAUCGAUGACUCCAACUUUGUGGGCUGGAACAAAUAAUGGAACUGUGUUUGUUUUCACCAUAACUGUACCUGGUGGACAGAAGCGUACUGAAGAAGAUGUAUCUUGCCAGCUUGGGAAAGAAAUUCAGUUAAAACACAGAGCUCCUGUCAUAUCAGUAUCCAUAUUGGAUGGAGCUAGUGUUCCUUUGCCAGAUCCUCUAGAAGUGGAGAGAGGUCUCGCCAAACAAGUAGACACAGGAACGCCUCAUCGUGUUGUUAUUUGUUCAGAAGAGCAAUUUAAGAUUUUCACGCUGCCAAGUUUGAAGCCUUUCUGCAAGUUCAAAUUAACAGCUCAUGAAGGGUCACGUGUGCGACGUGUUGGCUUUGCAGCCUUCUCUACUUCACGACCUGAUUCUUCAACGCAAUACACAGAAAGUUGUUUACUGUGUUUGACAAAUUUGGGAGAUUGUAUUGUUUUGAGUGUGCCAGAACUUAGAAGGCAGUUGAAUGCUGCUGUAAUUCGUAGAGAAGACAUUAAUGGUAUUUCCAGUUUGACUUUUACGAAAAAUGGUGAAGCAUUUUAUCUCCAUUCAUCCAGUGAAUUGCAAAGGAUUACUUUAUCUGCGUCCACAAUCACCCAGCCCAGAUGUUGUUUAGAACUUCCAGAAGGAGCAAGGCCAAAGGCAACUGAAACUGAUGAGGAAGAUAUGGAAGAUGAGGAUGAGGAUGAGGAAGAAGGAGAUGAAGAGAAAGGUGACGAAGGCAAAAUUGAAGGAAGAGAAAGUGCUGCUCCCUCUCCCACUGCACAAGAAGUCCAAGCAAUUCCUCCUACUGUCAAUGGAGACACAGACCAUGCAGAACCUAUUGUUCAAGAACCAGAUGAACCUAAAGAAAAUGGAACAGAAGAAGAUAGGCAUGAUAUGAGUGCUCUCAGUGUUGGGGACAUCACAAUUGACUCUGUUAAGGAUCACCUGAUGACAUCUUCUGAGGAAAACCGAAUUACAGAGAUUAAAAAUGAGAGACUAGAAUUCAGCACAAGGACUGAAACCCAAUCUGUUGUUAAAACAACUGUAAUAAGCAGUGGUACCACUAUUAGUUCACGCAAAGCACCACUAGCCAAGAUGGAAGACUUGGAAAUUGAAAUCACAAUGUGAUAAAAAUUUGAGAGUUGUGCAUUGGCUCAAUUCAAGACAGUGCUAGCUCUAGGCUUUGUGCCAUUGCUUAAUGUGCAGUUGUUGAAGGAACUUUAUCAAGUUGUUGGAGAUAUUAUUUUAACUCUUUGGAAGGUUGCUUCCAAAUUUAGUUCUUGAUUUUCAGUACUAAUAUGUUUGUAUUAAACAUAACGUAUUUAUACAUUAUUGAACAUUCCAUCCUGUCUGUGUUGAAGAGUCUUACCUAGAGCAGCUUUUCAGCUUUCGUAGCCUAAGUUGUAAUGUGCCCAGCAUUGUUUUUAUAAAACUUUUUACCAAAAUUAGUAUUAACUCUAGUGUAGGAUAGAUAUUGGCAGCAAAUUAUUUUGUAAAAAGAGUUUGUUGACUUGUCAGUAUUUUGUUAUUUGCCAGUAUUUGCCUACGUAGCAUAUUUGGUACUUACAAACUCGCAUUUUCAUAACGGUUGGUAAUUUGUAGAGAAUAUAUAGAUUUUCUGUAGCAUAACACGAAAUCCAUGCAAUUAGGGCAGUAGUCAGAUUUAAUGCUUGGGCAAUGCAAGAUGUUGGGUCAUUUUUGGUGAAGGUGUAAGUUUUAAAAUUUCUUUCACAGAUCAUGACUGAUACAUUCAAUGUAUCCAUAUGGAUUGAGAAAGCUUGCGUGUGAGAAGUUGAUUACAUGUGUGAUGUGGCAAAUGGGUCAUAGAAAGAAUGGAUUACAGUAUGAUUGUUAUUGUAAGAAUACAUGUGUGCUUCCAUAUGUGUUUACACUAUGUUAGUGAAUGAGAUGCAAUUUUUUUAUUCUUUUUACAUACUGUUGUGGUGAAAUACUACUAAUUUCAUAGAAAGAAUAAACUUAAUGUACAGCUACUUCCAUGAAUAUCAAUAUUUAUGAAAUAGGCACUAAGAUUUUUUGAAAUAUUCUAUUGCCUUUGUACAUCGUUUGUCAUUUUUCACAUAUGAAAUUUUUAAGAAUGUUAAUGUUGUGUUCUGUAUACAGAACUUGAUGUGAGUGGAUGUCUGAAAAUAAGAAUCAUAUUUAUAUAAAUUUGUUCUAAAAAUUAUUUCUCGUGUUCAGUUAAUGAAGUUUUAAUGCUUAUGAAUCAUGGUUUUAGACAUUAUAAUUGCAAGAAAAGAAAUAACAAUGUGGCUUGAUUUUUGUUACACAAAAUAUUAACUUUUUAUUAGUUUCAACAAAUGAAAUAAACAAUUUUGUAUGUAAUGAGUGCCAGAAAAUACAAUAAAUUUUAAAUUAAAUGCGAUUGAUUGCUUCUUUACUAUG